GCCUGCCGCUGGUGGCCUUUUUGCAGACGUAUUGCUGUCACUGAACACUGGCCCAUUGGAAAGCACUAGAGAAGCUCAGCCAUCAGUAUGUCCAAGUACAAACUGAUUAUGUUAAGACAUGGAGAGGGUGCUUGGGAUAAAGAGAACUGUUUUUGUAGCUGGGUGGAUCAAAAACUUAACAGUGAAAGAAUGGAAGAAGCUCAGAACUGUGGGCAGCAACUCAAAGCACUAAACUUUGAGUUUGGUCCUGUGUUCACAUCCAUCCUGAACCGGUCCAUCCUCACAGCCUGGCUGAUCCUAGAAGAGCUGGGGCAGGAGCAGGUUUCCAUGGAAAGCUCCUGGCAUCUCAGUGAGUGUCACUAUGGAGCCUUGAUCGGUCUCAACAGGGAGCAAAUUGUUUUGAAUCAUGGCGAGGAACAAGUGAGGCUGUGGAGAAAGAGCUACAAUGUGACCCCACCACCCAUAAAGGAGUCCCAUCCUUACUACCAUGAAAUCUACAAUGACUGGAGGUACAAAGUGUGUGCCAUUCCUUUGGAUCAGUUGCCACGAUCCGAGAGCUUAAAGGAUGUUCUGGAGAGACUCCUUCUUUAUUGGAACAAAAGGAUUGCUCCUGAAGUAUUAAGUAGUAAAACCAUUCUGAUGUCUGCUCAUGGAAAUAGCAGCCAGGCACUCCUGAAACAUCUGGAAGUUAUCUCAGAUGAAGACAUUAUCAACAUUACUUGUCCUACUGGAGUCCCCAUUCUCCUGGAACUGGAUGAGAACCUGCAUGCUGUUGGACCUCACCAGUUCCUGGGCAACCAAGAGGCUAUCCAAGCAGCCAUUAAGAAAGUAGAGGAUCAAGGAAAAGUGAAAUGCAAUGACAAAUAAAAUCUUUCC